AUGCGCAAAGGACCCCGUCCGCAACAGCCUGAUGAUUCAGAAGCCUCAAGUACCAAAGAGAAAGGAAAUCCAAUUUCAACGCCAGUUACGAACGGAAAAGGCAAACGGGUAGUAAGCAGUGCAGUUCAUGCAAAUGUAUCGGGCGCAAAUAGCACACCCAAUGCGUCUGGUGCUAUGGCAGGAGCUGCGGGGAGUACCAAUACCGACGGAAAUUCUAAAAUACAAUGGUCGGAGUUCGACGCAUCUUUUUUGCACAGGUAUCGAUACGAAUACGGAUUAAAUACACCUGCUGCCUUCAACAGUGCAUACAAUCAAACUGUUCUUUCUCAAUCGAGUAUUGGCCGCAUGUCACCAAGUAUGGUUCGUAAGAAUAAGAGGCAGAGCAAAGAACAAUUGGCCAACGCUGUACGCAAGCAUUUCAACAGUCAGUCGGUCAACGAAAAUGAAUGUGUAGCCAAGACUCUAUAUAAAGUUCGAUAUCAGCACAAGAAAUUCCGCAUGAGAUUUAUGCCACAGGCGCGGCCUACGGAGCGAUCUCAGCCUGAACGACCUGCCUAG